AUGUUAGCCUCAUCUGUGCCGCAUGAAGCAUUGACCUUGCUGAAUUACCAUACCGAUACCGGUCUUUCUAAAGCUUUAGACUGUUCACGUAAACCUGUUGAGAUAAGUGAUUUUAUUAGCUCUCCGACUUUACAUGACUGCAGAAAACUGUGUAUGAAUGAAAAAGUAACCCUGAUUAAUGUUGGACCAGAAGAAGAUGUAUUCUAUGAAAAUGAAAAACUUGGAAUUAACAAAAGUUAUUGUUUUUUAUCGAAAAGCGCAUACGUUCACUGUAAUCCACACACUACCCGAACAAUAUUCUCAAUAAACUCACAUAUAUGUCAAAGUAAAUUUCCAAAUAUGUUUGGUGGUGUUAGUGGUGAUCAGGUUGUUGCCUGUAAUGAUAAACUUAUCAAUGAUCCAAGGAACAUACUUUGGGACAACGAGUAUAAUAAAGCCGUUUCAGCAUCAAACAUUGAAAUGUAUGAUGAAGACCAGUUAAUGCCUGAUAGAAAAAAUUUUCGAUUUACUUGUAACUACAAUGGUGAAGAUGAAAUGGAAAAUAAAUACAUUCCCCAUCCCAUCAAUAGAUUCAAACCUAUUCGUAAUUGGUGUGCAUCAAAAGUUUUCCGUGCAGCAGCAUCUAUUCAAACACAAUUCAUUGGUAUUGACCCAAAUGAUCCAACAUCUUCAUUAUCAGAUUACAAAUGUGAUUGUGGUGACAGACAAAUAACUCGUUCGGAAAACUCAAUUCCAAAUGACUUUCAUUCCCAAUGUAUACCAUUCUAUGUUUACACAGAAACACCUACUACAAAGAAAGCGAGAAAAACAUUCAACUACACAUACAAUUGUUUCACAUUGAAUUCGCCAAUAUCUUUUGUCACCCAAUAUUUACCAUGUAAUAGUGAUGUUUUUGUUUCACCACCAAACUCAGCUCCCUUGCAAACCCAAAGACUACAGUUAUUUUAUUCAGAAAAUGUUACAAAUGCGUACAUUGAACACCCUAAAUAUGAAGAUUUCACUUCUCCUGAAUCGCAAAACUUCAUAAAUAAAGUUCUCUUUGGAGUCAACAUUUUUAAAUAA